AUGGGUUUGUAUUCAGGAGACGUAGGUCUGUACCUGAUGCCAUUUUUCGACUGUGAUCUGCUCAGUCUGUCGUUUCAAUCUUGGCCCUUUUUUCUUUUACUCCAAAUAAAAUCUUCUCUUUGUUUACCUGUGGCUAGAUGCGGAGAGGGGGUGUGGCCUGAAGCAGGAGAAGGUACCAGGGGAGGAGUGGAGCAGCUGUGGGGGCGUGGCCGGGGAAACAGCCUUCCAUGAUGUGAAGGAGGCAGAGGCCACCAGCACUAGGAGAACCUCUGAGGUAGGUAAGGGACUGACUAAACACCAGUGUUACAGAAAGUUAGUUUAGAACUAUAUUGUCCAGAACAGAUUAGAACUGAUUGUCUGUCAGGAGGAAUAGGGGACCGUCAUGUCUGCUCUAUUCAUUCACUGUCAGUUUAUCCAUCAUUUAGUCAGAAUCAACUCAUUAAUUUCCUCUUCCAGUCCACAGAGGUCGGAGAUCAGAAGCUGGAUAGCCUGCUGAAAGAGGAGGCUCUCCACAACACUGAGCUACGGGAGAGAUGGGGUGUCUGCCUGGACGGUGAGUUCAGGAGUUUACAACAAACAUAACAGACCAUUUCUAUGAUGAUGAGAACUAUUGCCAAUGCCUCUAAUGCUUCUAACACCUCAUGUCUCCUGUGUUCUUCAGGGGCCGACGGUUCGGACGUCUUGGGGCCCAGUAAGAGUUUCAGUGAGCAAAAGCUGCAGCAGUGCCAGGAUGACUGGGGGUCUGUUCUAGACCAGGGGCCUAAACCUCCGGGCCCAGAGGGAGACCCAGGGGACCCCACCAACCCUCUCUACCGCCCUUGUUACAGCAUGAAGGAACUGGGGGGCGGCUUUGAGAAGUCUGGUUGCGACGGUGGUGGUGGUGGCGGCCAUCUUCUAGACAUAGAAGGGCUGGAUAGGCUUCCUGGUUCUCCGACUCGUCUGGGGGCGCUGAGCUACGGAGCAGUGGGUCACUACCAGGUGAACCUGGGGGGGUCUGAGGGGGGAGACCAUCACCAUCGCUCCCACAUGACUGACCCACAUCGGGGCCGGAGGGAGCAGGUGGGAUCGCUAACGCCAUCCUCCCACCCGGAGGUGGGAGACCUGAACUGCCUGUUGAUCAACGAGGAGGGGUACCUGCAGGACUCCAGUGUCUUGUACCCCAAACACGGUAUGCCAGAAGCGGGUAGCAGAGCCGGCCACAGGGUGCUAACCUCCAUCCACUCUGGAAGCUCAGACCACAACAACAACACAGAGUGCCUGUAUGGCGCCGCUGACGACUUUGGACACUCUCUAAAUCUCAGAGAUCGUUCACAAGAGCAGGUAAAAGGAGGAGGAGGAGGGGGGAGGCGUCACGCCUGCAAUCAAUCCCACAAGCAGAAACACGAAACGGGAAGAGGGUUGAGUGCAGGGUCAGGGUCUGGGCAUCCAUACUCCCGCACCCAGUGCGGUAAGACCUUCACCCAGGCAUGCAACCUCAAGGUCCACCAGGCCGAGGGACUCCACCUCUGCAGCCACUGUGGCAAGGGCUUCACCUCCUUCUCCGACCUGAAGAGGCACAAGUGCAGCCAGACGACAGACAAGCCCUACUGCUGCUCCAUCUGCGGCAACAAAUUCAGUCGGCUCUGGAACCUCAAGCUGCAUCAGCGCAUUCACACGCAGGAGAAACCCCACCGCUGCACUAUGUGUGACAAGAGCUUCGCUCGGGCGGACAAUUUGAAGGUGCACCAGCGCAUCCACACUGGGGAGAGACCGUACUGCUGUGCUGUCUGUGGACUCCGCUUCAAACAGCUGGACCAUUUGAAGUCACACCAGCGCAAACACAGGCCGGAUCUCGUGGACUGAAUCUGUUUUAAAAAAUAUAUAUUCAGUGUAUAUAUAUCACAUUUUAUUAGAAUAUUUUUAGUUUUUUUUAUGUGA